AUGCUAUUAUUCUGUUUUGCUGCUAAACCAGAAUUCAAUUCUUUUAAGCAUUUGACAAAGAUGAGAGGGCUUACAUUUGGAUAUUUUAAUCAAAGGUAUCUUCUACUCCGGAAAAUAGGUAGUUCUGUUGUUAGAGAAUUCUCGGGGAAACAAAACAACCAAAUGGAAGAAAUUCUCCAGGAAGAGGCCAAUAGAUUAGUGUCUGAGUUUGUUAGAGAAAAAGAAAAGCCUUUUAACCCGUACAAAGCCAUCAUGGAAGCGACUGGAAGCGUUAUAUAUCAGUUUUGUUAUGGCAAAGGAGAAAAUAUAAGGGAAGAUAAAGAUUAUGUUCAAUUUAUUCAGAAUCACAAGGCUUUCAAAGAAAUCACAAAGGCGGGAAGUCCCACAGACGUUCUUCCUUGGACAAGAUUCUUUUUUCGCGAAAGACUCCAAAACUUUUACAAAUUAACCAAAGAGGGUAAAGAAGCUCGUGAAAAGAAGAUCAACGAAAUAUCGAAAACAUUUGAUACAAAACAUUUGCGCCACGCUGUAGAUGGAUUGAUAUCAAAUACCAUAAAGUAUGGAUUAGGCGAUGAACCAAAUGAGGCUGGAGUGAUAAAACGGGACGUAUUGGGUAUUACUGGAGACUUUUUUGGAGCAGGGUUUGAUACGGUAGCAACAACCCUUCUUUGGCUAUUUCUUUACAUGGCAGAAUACCCAGAGAUUCAAUUAAAGGUCCAGAAAGAAAUCGAAGACAAUAUUGGGGGUAGCGGUAUUAUAACUACGAAGCACAGAGAGGAUAUGCCGUUUACAGAAGCUACAAUCUACGAGACGAUGCGUUUAUCGGGAGUGGUACCAAUGGGUCUUCCACACUAUACAACUGAAGACGUCUGUGUUAAGGGUCAUAUUAUUAGGAAAGGAACCCUCGUCUUUUUCAAUCAUUAUUCUGUAGGCCACGAUGAGCAAUGGGACAAUGCUUCCGAAUUCAAUCCUGAUAGAUUCCUUGACUCAGAGGGAAAACUUAUUAAAGACAAAACAGAAAACGUUUUAGCUUUCAGUGCUGGGAGAAGACGAUGUCUUGGUGAGGUUCUAGCACGCAAUGAAUUAUUUCUGCUCUUUGCCACAGUCCUGCUGAAGUGUGAAAUUAAAAAGCCAGAGAAUGAAGAAUACGAUUUUGAAGGAAUAUUCAGUCUUACAUACUCCCCAAAGCCCUAUAAAAUCCGUGUCGUCUCAAGAGAAUUUUAAGUUGAUCUAAAUUUGCAUUAUAAAAACAUACCGAAUCUCACAUUUUCAUUUGUGUAUUUAUAAUAUACUUUUCAAUAAUCAGAACAAGAAUACUGAUAUUGCUACAUCAUUAAUGAAUGGUUUGCUACUGAUAUUUCUAUUAAUGUAUUUUAUUAAAAGGUGUACAAAUUCUCUUUAAUUUAGGGGAGAAAGUUAUUUCUUUUAUGUUUAGGAUACCGGUGUCAGUCUAUACGCAAAAUUUAGACUUUAAAAAAAAAUAAAUUAGUAGUAAGCCAGUACAUGAUGGGUUAUACAUACUUAUAUUCUGACACUGGUACUUGAUUAUUUACUAGUGUGUAUCUAUUAACGCUGGUGUAUCUGUUUUUUGUGUUGAUAUGCAAAACUUCAUUGUUUUUCAAAGAGUUUCUAGUUUAUUCAUUCUGCUUAUUAUAAGUAGUGGGCUGUUAAGAACUUCUUUACUUUUAUAAUUUAAAUCAAGUGAAUGUAUCUCAAAUUAAUGGAUUGAAAAUUCAAAGAACCAAUAAAUACCUUAUUCAUA